AUGAUGAUGCCAGGGUUUAUGAUGGGUUACAACGAGACAGUUGUGUGCUCCGUCCAUGGCAAGAAGCGCAGCAGAGAUGCGAUGAUGGACGACGGGGUGGGCGGCUUCACCUGCCAGCCGGGCAAAGAGUGCAAGGUGGCUGGGAACACGAAGCACGUUCCCUGCGCGUUCUUUCAGGCUGGCAAAUGCACAAAAGGAGAGAAUUGCAACUUCUCUCAUGAUCCGAACGCCAUAGCGGCCGCUAGCGCCGCGAGUGCCGGUGGUGCUUGGGGCGGAGGUGCUGAUGCAUGGGGCCAGGAUGCCGGCAAAGGUUGGGACAGCUCCGGCUGGGGAGGUUACGGAGGCUCCGGCUACGGCUCCUACGGCCCCAAAGGUGGGUGGUACUCGUCCAAAGGGAUGGGGAUGAUGAUGGCAGCCAAAGGCAUGGGUAAGUACGGCAAGUCGAUGAAAGGCUACGGCGGCGGCUACGAGAAGGGCGGAGGCACCUUCCUCUGCUCCGUGCACAAGAAGAAUAGAAGUGCAAGUGCAGUCAUCGAGAUUGCUCCUGGGCAGUAUCAAUGCCGGCCAGACUCGGAGUGCAAAGGCGCUGGUGGCGCAAGCAAAGUAAAGACGGCCAUGUGCAAGUUCCACAUGGAAGGCAGGUGCACCAAAGGUUAUACCUGCAACUUCGCCCACGGUCCGGAAGAGCUAGGCAUGCCAGUUCCCGAAAUGGCAGGUGCCGAGAUGAACGGAAUGGCCGGAAUUCCCGGAGUGAACGGCGUGCCCGGCGUCGAUGUGUCCGGAGUCGCCGGGGUCGCCGGAGUGCCGGGAGCGGCAGAGGUUCCGACGAUGCCGACUGAACUGACUGGCCAAGCUGCCCAAAGUCGUUUCUCGCCGUACUGA